CACAAAGCGCCAAAAUUUUGGCGCGACCAGCUGUAGCAAGCGUCUGCUGUUCUCCGUGCUGAAAACCCUUUUUAGCUUACUGUCGUUUAUAACAGCCCUGUCUGCGGCAAGUCCUUAAAUUGUAACCUGCUUGAAAUGGGUUUGCUGGAGCAGUGUGAGGAUCUUUUUAAGACAUCUGAUCUGUAUAAAGUUCUGGGAGUUUGCAAGGAAGCGUCGGAUGCAGAGGUUAGACGCGGAUAUUAUAAAGUAUCUCUACAGGUUCAUCCUGACAGAGCCCCUGAUGAUGAGUUCGCAACCACCAAGUUUCAGGUGCUGGGAAAGGUAUAUGCAGUGCUGGCUGACAAGGACCAAAGAGCAGUCUAUGAUGAACAGGGAAUCGUAGAUGAAGAGUCAGACUCGCUUAAUCAAGAUCGCAAUUGGGAGGAGCAUUGGCGACGAUUGUUUCCUAAGAUCACAUUACAAGACAUCUUGGAUUUUGAGAAGCAGUACAAAGGGUCCGAAGAGGAGGUGGAGGACUUGAAGAGAUUGUAUGUAGAGCAUGAAGGUGACAUGGAUCUGAUAAUGGAGUCAGCCUUGUGCUGUACUUUCGAAGAUGAACCACGAGUCAAAGAAAUCCUACAGAAAGCCGUUGAUGCUGAAGAGGUGCCAGCCUACAAAGCCUUCACAAAUGAGAGUGUUAAGAAGAAGAAUAACCGCAAAAGAAAGGCAGAUAAAGAACGAAAGGAGGCGGAGGAAAUGCAGAAGGAGAUGGGCUUGAACAGUGAAGACAGUCUCGUCGCAAUGAUACAGCAAAGACAGAAGUCUAAAGAAAAUGGAUUUAACUCCCUCAUCUCAGAUCUGGAGGCAAAAUACUGCAAGAAGCCAGCAGCUGGAAAGAAGGGCAAGAAAAAGUAAACAUUUAGAAAGAGAAGCUAAUGAUGACUAAUUUCUACCAAAUGAUAUAAUUACUCUAGACCUGUAAAUAUUAUUAAAGAACACUUUAAUAGUGGUCCUUUUCUGGUUUUUAAACCCCAUUGGAAAUGCAUACUAGAGUAAUGAGGUGAAUUUCACUGUGCGUUCAUGUUCAGACUACAGAAUAUUAGCACUUGUUUUUAAGUGUUUUCUAUUUGGCAGACCCCUUCAUGUUUCAGUAUUUCUUUGUAUUUAAUGUAUGAAUGUUAAUGUAGCGUGAUUAUAUCAUUAUAAUAAACUUGUUUUGAUUAUGAA